UAUAAUCAAUAGAAAUUAGAAGAGGGGCGGUGUGCAGUCUCUAUAUCAUAUUGCAUAGGCGUACAAUGGGCAUACAAUAUUAUAAGAACAAAACAUGAAUACGAUUUGUAGUUUAGUUGUGAAUGAAGCCUAGGUGCAUAAGACACCUUCAAAAACUAUGCAUUAGAAUAUGGAAUAUUAUGAAUGAAUUAUUAUGAAGUUGGAAAUUAAUAAAGACGACAUCAGUUACGAACUUAUACUAGUAAGAAAAUUUUGUGCCUCGACGAGUUUAAUUUCUAGUAAAAUGUAUGAAAUUAUAAUGCGGUACAAAGAAAAAUGCGGUACCAAAUUAAAAUUAUACUUCAAUGAUCUUUAAAUAUACCUAAUAUUCAAAUUAUCGUAGUAAAGUUUUACAUGUUAACAAAGACUCCGAAAAUAUGUUAAAUUUGGAUUAGCGACAAAAUAUAGCAAUGAAGGAACUUUGUAGGCUAUGCAUGGGUUCAGAAUUAUUAAUGGAUAUAUUAACACUUGAUGGUGAAACUAAUAUUGGUGUGAAAGCUGCAUCUUGUAUUGGUAUUCAGAUUUCCCCAAACGACGGAUUAUCUUCAAAGAUUUGCAAAACUUGUAAAGAAAUGGUGACAAUCUUUUUCAACUUUAAACAGAAAUGCAUGGACGUCGAUUUAAAACUUCGAACAUUAGCAAGUUCCGCUUUAGUAAACAAAAACCUAGACAUUUGUAGUCAAAAACCUAGUCAGCAUAAUAAAAUAACUGAUUUAGAAACUGCAAAAAGUAACAUAAUAAAUAACGAAAAUUCAACAAUACAAGGAUUCGACAAAUCCAUACCGAAAAAAAAAUUUCAGUGUGAAAUAUGUGGCAGAAUAUUUAAGAUGAAAGCAGGAUUAGAAAAUCAUAUAAUAACGCAUUCAGGUUUAAAACCAUAUCCAUGUAAAUUGUGCCCUAAAAGAUACUGCAGAAUCGAAAGUCUCACUAUUCAUAUGCGUUCUCAUGCAGGAAUUAAACCAUACGUCUGUGAAAUCUGUGGCAAAACGUCAACGAAACCGCAAGAUCUUAUUCGGCAUAUGAAAAUACACAGUGAAGAGAGAAACUAUGCAUGUCCCAGAUGUGACCGACAUUUCAAGCGAGGUAGCGAUGUAACUAGUCACAUGCGGACACACACUGGCUCGAGACCUUAUGGCUGUGAAACUUGUAAAAAAACUUACACGUCGCACAGUGGUUUACGGAAACAUUAUAAAUCACAUUGUAAAAGAGGACUAUGACUAUAAUUGUUUAUAUUUUAUUCUUAAGUAAUGACAAAGGUCGUAAGAAAACUAUUGGUUCUAUUGCUAUAAGUGUAUUUUAUUUUUUAUUAUUUUCACAUAAAAACGAUUUAGAUAAAUCACUUCCUUUUUCGUUUUUAUUGGCUAUACGCGAACCGAAUUGCAAUGCUCGUUUGGGAAAUAAAGCCACAUCUGCCAGCCCAAGAUUUACGGCAAUAAGUCUUAACAUUAACUUAUCACCAACCCCAGGGCCUAAACUAUCGCUGGGGAAACAUCUGAAAAUACCAUAAAAUUUAUCAUUUAGUAUUAUACUGAUAUACCAUGUAAUAUAUAUUCGCAAAAUAACAUUAUUUACUUACUU